CUGGAGAGUCCAGAGAUUUUUCCUUUGUAGGUCAUUGUACGUGAAACACUGCCUUGCAGAUGCGAAACCCGAAAAGAAUGGACAUGCCUUUUUGGGGGUUUGGGAUUUGGGAUUUUUUAAAUUAUUUUUAAAUGUCAUCCAGUUGAACUCCAUGACAGCUGAGGAUGCCUGUGCCAUACCUGCAGAUAUGCAAAAUAAAAAACAGAACGGGGCAGCCAAAGCUAGUUGCCAGGAAGCACAGGCCGGAGUGGAAGUCUGCGAGUUACUCCUCAAGCACUCCUCUGCAGGGGGAGAAAAGACACUAUUUACUGCCAGGCUCUUCAUCAACAUAAUUGGUAGCUUCUUUAGGCUCUCUCCUGCUUUCAAAAUUGCUGUAAAUCAGCUGUACAAAGCUCAGUCUUUGAAAAAAUCCUGGGAGGAAGAAGAACACGCGCAACAGAUUGCAGGAGAGGGGCAGUGCCUGCUCCAGAUGUGUGCGGAAGGCAAACACAGCCAGGCCGUUCUCACUGUCAGUCACUUAUGCUGGAUCCAAACUGAAAACAGCUCCCAGGACCAGCAAUGUCUGUACCACCAGUGCUGCCACAAGAGGCUGCCGGGGCAAAUGGACAUCUGUGAUCUGAAUUGGCAGGGGCCAUCCUGCCAGGGCUACAGCUUCCCCUCUGCCAAUUGCUUUCAGCAGUCGGAUAGCAGCGACACCAGGCUCUUCUUCCAUCUGAAACAACUCUCGGGAUGCUGCUGCACCUGUGUGUUAAGCUUGUGUGCCUGGUGGCAUCCGAGGAAGCCACCAGCUUUUGGGGCUUGA